AUGAUGAUGCUGAACAAGAUUCAGCUUGUUGUUUUUCUCGCAGGAAUUCUGUCGAAGGCUUCGUGUGACCUGCAGCGUUUUGUCCUGAUCCAAGACCCAAAGACCUGGACAGAAGCUCAAUCGUACUGUAGAAGGAUAUGCGUGGAUCUGGCGACGGUUCAGAGCGAUGAAGAUAGAGCUAAACUAAAGGAGGCAGCGAACGCUGAGAACUUCCCAUCUGACGCCUGGAUCGGUUUCUCCAGAGAUGUUUGGCAUUGGUCGUAUCAAAACAUGCCGGUCAGCAAUGCAAAGUGGGAUUCCUCUCAGCCAAAUAUGCCCGACAUAUACAUGGCCUGUGGAAAUAUAAACAGCAAAGGACGAUGGAAUGACAGAACUUGUACUGACGCAGACAACUUCUUUUGCCAAAUUGACAACCAGAACACACUUCAGGACAAGUUUGAGUUCAUCGACAGCGUGAAAUUGAACUGGACGGAUGCUCAAACGUACUGCAAAACACACUACACAGACCUGGCCGCCGUUACAGACGACGCAGAGAACACGUUCCUCGCGAGCGAGCUUUCUUCACGGAACCUCAACAACGCCUGGUUCGGCCUGUACAGGAUCCCAUGGCUGUGGUCAGAUAACAGCGGUGUCUUGUGGUCCUCCGUGAAGUGGAAGUCUACGCAGCCUGAUAACUUGAACGAAAUCCAGUGUGCGAGAGCCAACCUGGAGCACUGA